AUGGAAUUAGGUAAGAAUAAAAUUCAAGAACUAAACGGAAUAUCUCAUUUAUCAAAUCUUAUGUAACUUUCUUUAGAAGAUAAUUAUAUUGAAAGCCUUGAAGAAUUCCCUGAAUUGAAAAAUCUUAUGGAAUUAUAUUUAGGAAACAAUCGAAUUGUGGAAUCUAAAGAAAUAGUGAAUUUAAAAUAACUUUAAAAGCUUAUAAUUCUAGAUUUAUCAGGAAAUCCUUUCUCUAGAGACCCUAAUUAUAGAAUAUAUACUUUGUUUGUGAUAAAAAAACUUAAAGUUUUAGAUGGAAUAUCUAUAGAAGCAUCAGAAUAAUAGCUUGCAAAAGAUUUGUUCACAGGAAGACUUACAGAAGAAAUAUUAUAGUCUCGUUUGGGUGGAUAACAUCCAUAGGAAAUAUUAGAGUUAGAUUUAUCAAAUUGUAAAUUGAAGGAUUUUGAUGAUCCUAUUUGCAAGUUAAGAUUCUUCAGUAUAAAAAUGUUUAAAUGGAUGUCCUAAUUUGGAAAUUCUAGAUAUUAAGUUGGAACUAAAUGGAAAUGCUCUUUCAAGAAGACCUGGUUAUAGAGAGGCUGUUUUAAGAAAAUUACCAGGAUUAUUAUAUUUAGAUGGAAGGGAGGUUAUAAUUGA